UUGACCGAAGUUCACUCCGGGCUCCUCCGGAGUUUCUGAUCUCCCUCUCUUGCCAUUUCAUGUACUCUUCCGAGUCUUAACCACGCAAUUCCUGGCCGCUCUGCUACCAGCUGCAACUCGGGCUUGGCAUUUGGUCCAUCCGCCCAGAUCCUAACCCGAGUUCGGUCGCUUUGUGAAACAACUUUAAAACCGUGUAGCGUUCACAGCCUGGCAACCCACGUGGGAUUUCCUAUAUCCACGAACUGGAGAGGUAGUAGCGGGUGAUUGUGUAUGGCGGGGGGGGGGGGUAACCUCACUACGCUUAAAGACACAGUUUUCUUUUUUUGCUUUUCCCGCCUUCAUCCAAAGUUCCCUAGAGUUAUUAACCAGGAUUUGUGAGCUACAGUUUCAAGGAGAACAAAUUUUCUGAAACACUCGUGCGUGCAUAUACAUAUAUAUAACCCCGAACAUCUUACUUUAACGGCUUUCUCUAACGUUUAGACAGUACUGGUAAUUUCUGAAACGAUAGUUACCUUGGCAGGCUAUGAGAGUGGGCAUAUUUUCCUAGCUUUUAGGAGAAGAGGAAUGAGAUUUAGAAUCCAGGUGGUGACAAGUCAGUGAGUGCUCUUUAAACACAUCAUCUGUAACGAGAGGCUUUUGAAAGCCGGGAACUGGUAUUCCGCACGCAUGAUCUUGUUUGCAAAGCGAAUUCCAGCUCUACAAUAUGUUUUGUCAGCAGAUGAUCAGGUGUGAAAAGGGCGGAGGAUGUCUUGUAGUGGGAGAGGGAGAGAAAUAAAAGACGGAGAUAAGCACUUGAAACCUCGCUCCCCAUCCCUAUAGCAUUAAGUUGCCAAGAGAAACUCAACUGGCACUUAACGCCCUUAUACCCCCCCCUCCGUUUGUUUACAUUGGCUUGUAGUAUGCGACCGUAGUAGAAGCGUACAUGCUGGGGGAGAAUUCCUCAAUGGCGGAGACCACACCCACUCCGAGUUGUAGGCGGCGCACGACGAACCAUAAGCCGCGCCUCCUCCAGACACGCGGCUUUUCCUCUCCGCCCUCUCCCCCACGCCUUGAUUCCAGCCGUGAACCCUACGCCGGUUGGACGCUUCCGGCGAAGCCCCGCCCCGCCUCCCUCCUGAUUGGUUGCCCUCACGUUCCACAGGGCUGCGGGUAGGCGCGGGGAGAGAUUGUCCCCGGGACGGGGCUCCACCCACGUGGCGCUCGCCGCAGAAGUAGGAACACAUUCUGCACGUAGCAGACGUAUUAAUCAGAGAGGGGCCAUCUGCUGCCUCGGUGAAAUAAAUUGAAAGGAGUUUGCAGGACUCGGCACCAAAAAAAAAAAAAAAAAAAUAUUAGGGGGAGUGAUCACAUCAGCAAUUGCGGGGUGUUCACACACUGGUCUCCCGGCCUUAAAGCUGGUAGAAAAGAGCUGCUUCAGCUUCCUUUUCCAGCAACUGCCUAUCUGCCAAGGUGCUGAUCCCCCCUGGUAUUGGGUGGAGGUCAGUCCGCGGAAGGCGUGCAGCCACCGUUCACUUCAUUAGCAAGCCUUGUGUCGCCCAGGGGCUGGGAGAACCCGAGAAGGUGGCUGCUGACUGCGCUGAAGACAAAAGUACGACUUUAGCCAAACUUUUGGGCACGCCGGUUUCUCUGACUGAUCUGCUCUGCUCGCUUCUCCCAAGAGUUAGGCAUCGCUGCUGGCGCGUGUGGCGGAUUCAGUGUGUUAGAAUCGCUGAUAGAAACCAGGUCUCCUGGCGCGCGCGCCUCCGCCGCUUGGCUUGCGGCUCUUGACUUUCUGCUGCAAGGGGCGAAAUCAGUCGGGUUCAUGAAAAUGCCACUGGGACAUAUCAUGAGAUUAGACCUAGAGAGAAUUGCCUUGGACUACAUAGUGCCUUGUUUGCAUGACAUUGGUUUUUGCUACCUGGACAAUUUUCUGGGCGACUUGGUAGGAGACUGUGUCCUGGAACGUGUGAAGCAGAUGCACUAUAACGGGGAGCUGCAGGAUGGCCAGCUGGCCGGCAAGCGCAACGGGAUCUCCAAGAGACACUUGAGGGGAGACCAGAUAAAGUGGAUCGCAGGCACUGAGGAGGGAUGCGAGGCCAUCAACUUUCUCUUGUCACUGAUAGACAGACUGGUUAUGUACUGUGGAAAUAGACUUGGCAAAUACUAUGUGAAAGAGAGGUCCAAGGCAAUGGUAGCCUGCUACCCUGGAAAUGGAACUGGCUAUGUGCGUCAUGUAGACAAUCCCAAUGGCGAUGGGCGCUGUAUCACCUGUAUUUACUACCUGAACAAGAACUGGGAUUCGAAGCUACAUGGUGGAAUUCUACGAAUAUUCCCGGAGGGCAAGUCCUACGUAGCAGACGUUGAACCUCUCUUCGACAGAUUACUUUUUUUCUGGUCAGAUCGAAGGAACCCACAUGAAGUGCAGCCCUCCUAUGCAACAAGGUAUGCCAUGACUGUGUGGUAUUUUGAUGCUGAAGAAAGAGCAGAAGCCAAAAAGAAAUUCAGGAAUUUAGUUGAUGCAGGGAAGACAGAAGCAGUUCUCAACGAAGACUGAACAGAGGGAUACCCAACGUAAUUCCUUUUAAUGAUGAUUACGGGACUGUUUUGCAAGCAAUAAGAUCCAAAGAUGUGGUCUGUUUCCGGUGAUUACUGGACUCUCUUCUUGCAGAAAUGCACUAAUUUUUUGGGCACUGUCUAGCAUUUGCAUAUUACAGUGAUGGUACUCCUGGCAGCUUCCUACCACAUCCAUUUGGCAUAAAGCACCCCUCUUUUCUACCUGCCUUUUAAGUGAAGAACGCCACCAGGUGUUGUUUUUUAGAAAGUGAAGAAUAUCACCGAGCCUGGUGCUAAUGACAAGACCAAGUUGGCAAUACUGGUAAUAAAGAUCCUAAGCAUUCGAAACUGUUGGGGAAACCUGAGUCUUGAUUUGCACUUUAUGUAUGUUUUUCUAGUUCAAUGAAAAGGAUCCCUCUCUGGCAGACUGCAGAUGGGCAGCAACAGAAGCAAUCAGGGAUGCAAAACGGAACUACAGUACACGUCUGUCAGGAGCCAACUUCAUUAUGUUCAACGUGGGGCCUUUGAUGGGCCGCCUUGUCACUUUGCUGCACAGGCUAUUGGCUUCACCAGCCUAUAUUGUUAAUCCCUCCCUAAAAGGAUAAGCCUCCCACUUCCCAUAAAAUUGCCUGGAUUUUAUUCAUGUUGCUAAAGCCAAGCAGCAGCAGCAGCAGCAGCAGCAGCAGCAGCAGCAGCAGCGUUCCAUUGCUCUGCCUUUUAGACCCCCAGGACAGAGGUGGAAGCAGUUGAGCAGCUGUCCACUGUUUCCCUUUUUCCCCUCUUCUUUUUCUGAAGUAUGAAUGAUCUGUCUAUACACAUUUUACGAAGCAUCCACCUCCUACCCAAAUUUGUAAACCUUUUUUAAAUAAUAAAAAAAGUUGAUGAUAAACUGAAUGCAUGUAUAUGCCAAGAAUUCACCUAGUCAAGCUUUAUUUUUAUUCUUUUAAAACUGAUCUUCCAAUUGCCACAAUUUGAAUGAUAGAAAUGUAACUCUGUUUCUUUUGACCUGGCAAUUGCAUGGCAGGAUAGCUGUGGUCAGAUACAGAAUGCCAUCCUGAGUCACUUUACAUCUCUGAUUUAAUUUCUCCUCUGACGUUAAUGGAGCUCGGAUUGUACAAUUGAAUCUCAGACCUAAUCUCUGUUGUUUGUGAGUCUAUGAGGAAGUGUGUUCAAUACUUCAACCUUUACAGCUCAAUCCUAAAAUUUGUUGUGCCAGCAAAAAGUGUCAGAUGGGGCGUACGAUACUGUCUGUACCUACGCAAUAUCAUAGCACGUUACCUUGCAGGCAGACAUGCUGUAAAAACGUUUUGGACUAAGGUUCAUAGUCUCUGUGGUGCCAAGUCAUAUCCCCACUGCAGGUCAGAUGUUUGUGUAUUUUUAUUUCAGGGUAUGAUGUGAUUUGUGUGGGGAGAAAUUACCUGGUCCCAGGUUUUACAUUACUGCAGGAAAAUAUUUCCUUCCUGCAUUUGAGCCAUGAAUUGUGCUGAGGCAGGAUUAAUAAUUACCAAGCACAAGUUUUCUUACCCUAGUUUCACUUUUAUAAAGGAGAGAGAAAAGAAAACUUUUUUAUUCUCAGUAGCAGAAACCUAGACAUUCAGCACUUACCAUAGAUCAUGCGUAGAAUGGGAGCAAUACAAUGGUUAUUUCCCUCAAAAUCGUAUUGUUUUCACCAAAGUAUGUAACACAAACAACACGAGUAUAAAUUCACUCAUUUCAUUGAUACCUAUAGCAAUGAUAUGAACCUUGCUUUGUUCUUCCAUAUGUAUAUAUUUUCUUCCAUGUUCCAUAUAUUUCCACAAACAAUUGACAAAGGCAGUUUGUUUUUUUCUUGUUCAUACAGACCAACAUUUUCUUCAGUGGUUUCAUUUUGUGCUAUUACUCUUUAUACAUUUAAAUAAGGAAUGACCAUUAUCAUAUUCCCAGACAAGCACAAUGCUCUCCCAGAACUAAAGCCCAUGAACAAGACUAAUAUUUAAGCAUUGCUUAGUCUUAGCACAUACCUGUGUGUGUGUGAUAAAUAUUAAGCCACUUAACAACAUAGCAUGUAAAGGCAAUAUGUUUUGUAGCAAAUUAACAGUUUCUUAAGGGAAAAAAGGACUUUCUUGCUGCCAUAUGUGAAGUCUGAAUUUUAAAAUGCUUCUGAACGAUUCCAUGUCCUCAGGUUCCUGUGUGAUCAAGAUGGUUUUACGCAUCUUGGUGGGAUUGCUGUGUGACUUCAACACAAAGAGCCUGCUUAAUUUCUGAAAGAAUUGAUCAGCUCAAAUUAGACUUCAAUAGAUAAAGCGUAGAAGCUGAUUCAUCCCAUCUGUGCUAGUGAGUGAUAAAACCUCUCCCCUCACAGAUAACAUAAAUCGCUCACGUCAGUUGAAAAAGAACUAUAUUACCACACACUUUUAUAAAGCUACUGUCAGUUUCGUUGUUCUGUAUGGGACAAUGACAAUAAAGAUUCAUAUUGUCCUCUCCACUCAUAGAUAAGUAACAGCCUGCGUGCUCAUCUUUCUUAACUCCUAAGCAUCUAAAAACUUGAAAAUGCAGGAAUACUCAGAACUAUGGUUGUAAGCGUGGUAAAGUAUUUGAAUGUUUUAGUGAUGUUAUAUUUAUGCAAAAUUUUGGAUAAUGUUCAGAUUAUUACAAAAAUGGGUGAACUGUUUUGAAUGGUUCUGAAUUCUGUUUCAGCAAACAGUCUAAGUGGUCUAUUAAGAAAUGGUGGCAGCAGAUCAAUGAAAUAAUUGGAUCAAGCUAAAAAGUAUUGAUGGUUGAGUUUUAUAUGAGUGAAAUAUUCACUGCUGGUAUCUCAACCAAACGGCGCCAAUUAGACAUGGGAACUGGAAGGGGUGUGAAAUAAUUCCAGUGCCUUUAGUAAUAAUGAAGUAUGAUUACUAGACAUUUGAGUUUCACCUCAGAUGCUCUUACCUGAGGUCAAAUACUGCAAUUCAGCAUUGUGUGGAGUGACAGCAUAAUACUCCCUAUAUGAAUACAUGGUGCGUGCAUCAUUAAGAGCACAGGAUUGCAGCCUUCAUUGAUUAGUCUAAUGGUUGACUCAAUUAAAAGCAUGCAGCCCAAUAAUUACCUUUCCAAAUCUGUUUCCUUUGCACAUCAAACACACCAGGCAAAGUUGCUGUUCAAAGCAAUUGUGUUUGCUGUGGAAUAAACAUUGGGCAAAAAUGCCAGCUUUCUUAAAAAAACAAAAGAACUAUUCCUAUGAGUAGGCUAUUUGUAUUUUAAACCUGGAUGCCCAUUUGUAGACUUCCUGUGCCGAAAGACUUGUGGUAAUCUCAUAUUCCUCCAGUGUUUCCUUUGCUCCUACGAGGUAGCAACUUCAGGGGAGUGGGGUGGAGAGUCCAGAAAUUGUAGUCUUUAAUUUGCAUCUCGUACAAAUGUUUUGUUCCAUACCCACUGAUUAGGUAAUUUUUGGUAUUUUCAUAAUAAUUGAUUUCUAAUUUUGCUUGCAUGAAAAUUGUAUCCAUUUGCUGGCAAAUAUCUCUCUCUCUCUGGUUUUCGCUUUUUACACCUGUGACUCACUCCCCAACAAUCUCUGGGAGUGCAUUUUGGAUAUACCUUUUGCCAGGCUACAUGCUGGUCAUCGUUGCUGGCAGGUGGGCCGAUUACUGAAACAUUCUGUGGUAUUUUGCUGUUCUCCCCACAUUUUGUGUUCAUGUUAAUUUAAAAAGAAAAAUGUGGAAAAAAGUGUUUCAGGAGUCAAUAAACACUGGGUCAUACCAUCAUA